AUGUCUCUCGCUUCCUGCUUCCCCUCUCGCUGGCCCAGCCCUGUCCAGCUCUGGAUCCCCUUCCUGUCCGUGUGCGCUCUGAUUGGUCGACCCGUUGGCUCCUCUCACCAGCACUUCCACCCGCACUCCAUCAAAUUGCCCGGCGACAUCACCCUGGGCGGCCUGUUCCCCAUCCACGCCCGGGGGCCCCACGGUUUGCCCUGCGGAGAGCUGAAGAAGGAGAAGGGCAUUCACCGGAUGGAGGCCAUGCUGUACGCCUUAGACCAGAUAAACCAGGACCCGGACCUGCUGCCCAACGUCACUCUGGGGGCGAGGAUCUUGGACACCUGCUCCAGAGACACUUACGCCCUGGAGCAGUCUCUGACUUUCGUGCAAGCUCUGAUUCAGAAAGACACGUCAGACAUUCGGUGUUCAAAUGGAGAACCUCCUCUGAUAAGGAAACCGGAGAGAGUGGUGGCGGUGAUAGGAGCCUCCGCCAGCUCGGUGUCCAUCAUGGUGGCCAAUAUCCUCAGGCUUUUCGAGAUCCCUCAGGUGAGCUACGCCUCCACCGCCCCAGAACUCAGUGACAACAAUCGCUACGACUUCUUCUCACGAGUGGUUCCUCCGGACUCGUACCAGGCCCAGGCCAUGCUGGACAUCGUGAAGGCUCUGGGCUGGAACUAUGUGUCCACUCUGGCCUCUGAGGGCAACUACGGAGAGAGCGGGGUGGACGCCUUCAUGCAGAUCUCCAGAGAGGCAGGCUGGGGAGUGUGCAUUGCUCAGUCUGUGAAAAUCCCCCGUGAGCCCACAGCCGGAGAGUUCGACAAAAUCAUCAAACGCCUGAUGGAGACCAGUAACGCCAGAGGAGUCAUAAUCUUCGCCAAUGAGGAUGACAUCAAAAGAGUCCUGGAGGCGGCGAAGCGCGCCAACCUCACGGGUCACUUCCUGUUCGUGGGUUCGGACAGUUGGGGCGCCAAGAGUUCUCCAGUGUCUGAGCUGGAGGAUGUGGCCGAGGGAGCAGUCACCAUCCUGCCAAAGAGAGCUUCUAUAGACGGUUUUGAUCAGUACUUCACGUCCCGCUCACUGGAGAACAAUCGCAGGAACAUCUGGUUUAAUGAGUUCUGGGAGGACGACUUCAGGUGUAAACUCACCAGACCUGGAAUCAAACUGGACCCCGACAAGAAGAAGUGCACCGGAGAGGAGCGAAUAGGCCGGGACUCUCUCUAUGAGCAGGAGGGGAAGGUGCAGUUUGUGAUUGACGCCGUGUACGCCGUGGCCCACGCGCUCCACACCAUGAUCCAGGACCUGUGCCCGGGCGGGUCGGGGGUCUGCCCAAACAUGGACCCUGUGGAGGGGAGGGCUCUGCUAAGCUACAUCCGAGCUGUCAACUUCAACGGCAGUGCAGGGACCGGAGUGCUGUUCAAUGAGAAUGGAGACGCCCCGGGCCGCUAUGACAUUUUCCAGUUUCAGAUGACGAACCACACCCACCCCGGCUACAGGGUCAUCGGGCAGUGGACCAACAACCUCAGACUGAACUUGGAGGAGAUGCAGUGGUCCGGAGGAGACCAGUCCCUGCCUGAGUCCAUCUGCAGUUUCCCCUGUCAGCCCGGAGAGAGGAAGAAGAUGGUGAAGGGGGUGCCCUGCUGCUGGCACUGUGAGCUGUGUGAUGGAUACCAGUACCAGUUGGACGAGUUCACCUGUGAGACGUGCCCCACCCACAUGCGCCCGCUGCCCAACCGCACGGCCUGCAGACCCACCCCCAUCAUAAAGCUGGAGUGGCACUCGCCCUGGGCCCUGGUGCCCGCCUCGCUGGCCCUGCUCGGCAUCCUGGCGACCGUCGCCGUGGUGAUCACCUUCAUCCGCUUCAACGACACGCCCAUCGUCAGAGCGGCGGGGAGAGAGCUCAGCUACGUGCUGCUCACCGGGAUCUUUUUGAUUUACCUGAUCACGUUCUUCAUGAUCGCGGAGCCCGGUGUGGUGAUGUGUGCGUUCCGACGGCUCUUCCUCGGUUUGGGAAUGGCCAUCACCUACUCCGCCAUGUUGACCAAAACCAACCGCAUCUACCGCAUCUUCGAACAGGGCAAGAGAUCCGUGACCCCGCCCAAAUUCAUCAGCCCCACCUCCCAGCUCGUCAUCACCUUCAUACUCAUAUCUGUGCAGGUGGUGAGCGUGUUCGUGUGGUUCGCCGUGGUCCCUCCUCACACCAUCAUCGACUACGACGAGCUCCGCCCCCCGAACCCUGACCUCGCCCGCGGGAUACUCAAGUGCGACAUGUCCGACCUGUCCAUCAUCUGUUGCCUCAGCUACAGCAUCGUUCUCAUGGUAACGACUCUAUAA